UCCAACGCAAGGUGCGCCGGAAGUGGGCCUUUGAAGAGGAGCGUGUGGUGCAGGGCCGCUGAGAUGGGGAAGCAGAAGAAAACAAGAAAAUAUGCUACCAUGAAACGCAUGAUCAGCCUCCGUGACCAGCGACUAAAAGAGGCAGAUCGAGCAAAACCCAAAGAGAAAAAGAAGAAAGACCCGAGUGCACUCAAAGAGAGUGAGGUCCCUAAAUAUCCGUCUUGUUUAUUCUUCCAAUACAACACUCAACUAGGACCUCCUUACUAUAUCCUGGUUGAUACCAAUUUCAUUAAUUUUUCAAUUAAAGCCAAAUUGGAUUUGGUGCAGUCAAUGAUGGAUUGCCUUUAUGCCAAAUGUAUUCCCUGUAUCACGGAUUGUGUUAUGGCUGAAAUUGAGAAACUGGGGCAGAAGUAUCGUGUGGCCCUCAGGAUAGCAAAAGACCCCCGAUUUGAACGCCUACCAUGCACCCACAAAGGGACUUAUGCAGAUGACUGUCUGGUACAGAGAGUCACUCAGCAUAAAUGUUACAUAGUAGCUACUGUAGACAGAGAUCUCAAGCGAAGAAUACGAAAAAUACCAGGAGUCCCCAUAAUGUAUAUAUCGAAUCAUAGGUAUAAUAUUGAGCGGAUGCCUGAUGACUAUGGAGCACCUAGAUUUUAACCUACCUCUGGAAAGAAACAAAACAUGCCUGUUACUUUCAUUUUUCAAAUAUUGAAUCUGUUCUAAGGUUCCUUUUUUUCUAAUUCCCUUCCUGUGAUGCUUGGUACUGGUUCUUAAAUGUCUUUUCCAGGGGGGAAAAACCACACAACGCAAUCUUUUUUCCUGCUUUAUGAUCCAGAAUAAAUAUUCCUCAUUAACUAAAA